AUGGUUACUGCGUUUGAACAGUGGGUACCUUGCUCCAGAUGCUUACAGUGUAGAGCCACAGUUUUUGUGAUUCUGUUGCACAGUCGCUACUGCCCUAACUACUAUUGUUUUAAACAGGAUACUGUGGUUGAUGCUGAAAUUGUGAGAGCUUUCGCCGACAGUGUAUCAGUGACUUUUACUGAAAAUACGCUUAACCGCGACAUAAAACUAGACGAAACCGUCAAUGUAGCCUACAAUGAGUGUAGUACGAUGUCCGUGAGAAAACAAGAAAUGUUAGUUCAGUCGACCCUCAACAGUCCCCGAGUGUCCGGAGUUGACUCAGAACCUUAUUUUAUGAUAGUUGCAGUGACGAUUUUGUCCUUCCGUACUCAACUGUGGGUAAAAGAGCCAAUGAGAAACGAACUAGGUGAGAAAAUUAGUGGUAAAUGUCCAGUGGUAAAUAGCCGUUUGAAAUUGUACACAUUAGACUGUGAGUUUAAAAAAAGAGGCCACAGCAGUCCAACACUGUUAACUCCUGUGCUUCCAAUAGCAGACCAGUUUCUCCAAAAAACACACUUAAAAUAA